CUGCAUAUAAAGUAGGUGCCAACCGCACGGCAAUUUCGUUACAGAGAGCUCCAUCGCUGUUUCAUCCAGAGCCCCGCCAAUAUCUCCAAAAUUCUCCGCAGUCAGGGAAAAGAGUGGUGCUAGAGAGAUGGAUGCCCGCGAUCUGCAGACCAUGAUCCUCAAGACGGCGGUGCCCCUGAUGGCCAUGGUGCUGCUGGUCACGGCGUCGACUGUCUCCAUGGCGCCAUACGACUGUGCCUGCGCCUACCUUCGCGCGUGCUUCGGCAGCAACUACUUCCUGAUGAUCGGCGAGCUCUGCCAGAUCAACCUGGCCCGUCUUCUGGCGAAGGAGGCCGUUCUGGCGCCGACGCUGGCGGCCCGGCGCUACUACGCGGUGGGCGCCGUCGCGUGCUUCAUGGAGCUCGUGCUCAAGCUCUACAUGAUCCUGGUGCUGUGCCCCUAGGCGUGUGAAUGUGCCUGUCCAAGGAUCGAAGAUGGAUACUUUUAGAGUCUCAAGAUGCGCCGUUUUGUUCAGUUAUUACUACUAUAUGUCGUAUGGUGUUUUAGUUUCAAUUCAACUUGCCUGUCUGGAGAUGUUCAUCCUUGGGUAAAAGACUACCUUUUUUAGUACUACUGUAGCAUUUUGUUGUUGUCUUGUUCCGUUGGGGUUUAGACUGUCUGUCUGUUUGUAGCAGCAGCUUCGGAGUUUAGACUGUCUGCAAGAACUUGGACGGGAUUUGAAUUUUUUUAGCUGAAGCCUUGAAGGUUGUAAUGUGUUAUGUGAGCAGCAUUUCUCAUUCUUGACGAGGUAGAGU